AUGGGCCUCUUUAAUCGAUUGCGUCGAAGUUCAAGGCGAAGUGGAACGCCGACUGGAACUCCGACCGAGUCUACCCCCCACUUCAACGUGCUCAACGUGGGUCGAGAUCUCACCAGACAGCUGCCACGCCCGGUCUUGGCUCGCAUUUUCACCUUUGUCUGUCCUCACACCGUCGAUAACACAUAUGGUACCUCGGAAGAAUCAGCAAGCGAUGGCUGUAUGCUCUGCGAUAUGCGCGAUCUGGCGCACUGCGCACUGGUGAACAAGCGGUGGUUUUUGGAGGCGCGGGCGCUUCUAUAUACAAAUGUCCGAAUUGACCCUGUCCAUUAUUGCGAACUCGAAAUCGAAUUAGCUGCCAAGCGAAAACGUCGCUCGUUCUUCGACCGGAAUGGCGACCCAAUCGAUGCCCCUCAAGUCCGUCUGGAACUGUUCAUGCGAACUGUACGCGAGUCGCAAGGGCUAGGGAAUAUGGUAUUGUCCCUCCGGAUGCCAUACAUGACCCGCGAAGCCAACAAAGCCAACAUUGCCCGCACGAUCUCCGUGCUACCUAAUGUCCGCUUCGUUGACCUACCGGUGGGUCUGUAUAGCGACGAGCCGUCCUGUCUACCUUUGAAACAAGAAUUGAUGGCCCGGUGCCCCGAGUUGCGUCGGAUGGCCUACCGCCGAGGGGCGGAGGGCAGUUUCGCCCGUCUGCCAGGAUCCCAGCUUUGGAUGAAUCUCGAGGUGCUCGAGCUAUCCGGGGUCCAGAUGGAGGCUGGUACUCUGCGCGGCGGACUGGCUGCCUUCCCACAUCUGCGUGAGCUGACGCUCGAAGAUCUCGACUGGCUUGACGACACGGCGUUUGCAGUGAACGUGCCACUCCCACCGUUUCCUGCCGUCCAGACUUUUACCCUUCGCGAUACCCCCUAUGUCACGGCAAGCGGGCUUGCCACAUUCCUUUCUGUACCAGCGAAUCGAGCGAAUUUACAAUCUUUGACGUUAUCGUCCACCGGCGUCGCUCCGGCACAACUUCAUUAUAUUCUCUCUGCAGCACCCCGGCUCGAGAGCCUUUCUGUCAUUCAGGAGGUCUCCCGCUCGUUCCCGAUGGAGCAGAUUCCUCCUAUGGCAUCCAAAUCGCUGCGUCUCUUACACUAUGAACUCACAUCUCAGACCGAUAAUCAUGGCAUGCCACCCGUGGUAUCCUCAUACUAUACCUAUCUCAUCUCAUCAUUGGUAUCCCGAGCCUUACCAGCGCUACGGGACUUAUAUGUGCGGGAUGCCCAAUUCCCCGAUACCUUGAUGCUCAUGCCUCCACCAAGGCUCUUCGGUGGCGGCGAGAAUGGACCCCAGAUGAGGGGCGGUCUGUCGCAGCCCCUGAAUGUCUAUAGCAAAGGCAUGGACGAGUUUGAGUGGAAUUUCACACCGUACGACCCCAACCCCGGGCGUCGUGACUCGCAGACGCGGCCGGUGAGUUUCCACGAGGCGCAGCUCAACCGGUCUUGGGGCGGUGAUGCGCGCAAGAGUGUCCUCGUUGGCAAUGGGUUUGGCGGCUUCCUCGCAGUUCCGACUGAUGAAGAGCGGCCUCAGAGUAGUCAGGGACACAAGCGGUUGAGCAAACAGGAUCUAUGGCGGUGA